AUGGCCUAUAUCAAUACAAAUGCGCAUCAAAAUUUAAAACAAAAAACACUUUCUUCUUCAAGCCAAACCAGGCAAUCCACCUUAAAUUCUGUGCUUGAAACCAUGGUUAAGAAUGUAUUACACGAAGGUGGUAAUAUUCCUUUGGUCGAUGUUUUGUGUCAUAAUUAUCUUCUUGAAGUUUUUGAACAUUACUUAAUCACAAUUAAGCAGAUGUUUAGUACAAAAAGGUUUCGUUAA